AUGGGGUUGUCUGAAUCAGGCCAUGGAUGCAAGAAUCACCCACAUCACCAGGAAAAGCAAGGGGUUUGCCCCUCUUGUCUAAGAGAAAGUUUAUCUCGCCUUUGUUCCGCUUCAGACAAAGAAGCUAAUUCGAGAGUUGCUCCUUCACUAUCUUUUUCUCCUGCUGACUACUCUUCGGCUUUGUCUUCAAACCCUGCCUCCCCUGCUCGACAUCAUAAUUUCCAUAGGCGAAACGGCUCCGGGGUGACGGGAAUCAUGGGAUCCUCAUCUUUCAUGGUAAAGGUUGGUACUGAUGGUUUGAAGAAGAGUAGAUCCAUUGCUUUUGUACCAAGAGACUUUGAUGAUGAAGAGGUUAAGAAUGGGAAGAAGAAAAAAGGGUUUUGGUCCAAGUUGCUUCGUUUCAAGGGGAAGAACAAGGAUGUUCUGACACAUUCAACGAGUAUGAGAUUGAUUGAAAGAGUGAAUUUGGUUUGGUAG